CAGCGGGCGCUGCUGUGCUGCGUGUUGGUGGCGGCGUGGGAGACGGCGUGGGGGCAGCUGCGCUACUCGGUGCCCGAGGAGCUGCCCAAGGGCUCGUUCGUAGGCGACGUGGCCAAAGACCUGGCGCAGGAGCUGGCGGCGCUGGGCGGCCGCGGCGCCCGAGUGGUAUCCCAAGGCAGGACGCAGUAUUUCGCUCUGCAUGCGAGCAGCGGCCACUUGGUGACGGCCGAGAGGAUCGACAGGGAGCAGCUGUGCCGUCUGCAGGAGAAAUGCGUGCUGCGCUGUGAGCUGAUCGUGGAGGGCGAGAUGAAGGUUUAUGCAAUCGAAGUGGAAAUCACGGACGUUAAUGACAACGCACCCAGUUUCGAGGAAGUCCAAGUGCUGGAAGAAAUGAGCGAGACGACAGCUAUAGGAUCCGUGUUUCCUCUGCCUACAGCUCACGACCCGGACGUGGGUGUGAAUUCCCUGCAGAGCUACGCGCUGAGCGGCGACGAGCACUUCUCGCUGUCGGUGCAGGCGGGAGCCGACGGCGAGAAGCGUCCCGAGCUGGUGCUGGCCAAGGCGCUGGACCGGGAGGAGGCGGCGUUUCACGAGCUGCUGCUGACGAGCGACGGCGGCGAGCCGGCGCGGACGGGCACGGCGCGCAUCCGCGUGGCUGUGCUG